AAGACGUAUAACAUUUGAGCUCAUUUUUCAUUUUUCUAUUCUAAGCUAUCACAUCUCUGCUUUUUUAUUUUAAAGAUUGCAAGAAAAGAAGAGGAGAUAGAGUUCUCCAUCACUAUUUUUAGUGGUCUUGAGUACUGCCAGAUCUUGCAUUUUGCUGCGACUUGGCCUCAGUUUUCAAGAUCAUCAAAUUUGGAGCUGUUAUAGAAUGGAGAUCACAGAAAUAGUAAAGGCGGAAGAAUCACUUCCCACGCUCAUCAAACACAUCUCAACCAAUGAACUGGCCGGCUUUGAUGGCAUUCACAGAGACAGUGUCUUGAUUGCCGAUCAUAAUCAACCAAUUGGUUUUCAUUCAUUAGCUACGGGAACUCAAGAUGCUGCGUUUCAGAGCAACUCCGAGGAUUUUCAACCCAUCAACCAUCAAAGAAAGCAUUCUAUUUCGAUUAGCAUGCCAAAUUCUCCGGCCAAACACAACUCAAACAACAACGAGAAACUACCUUUUGAAGCGAAUGGUGAAACAGUUUUCAGCAAUGGAAAACAAGUUUCUUCGGCUUCAUCUAAGACGAAUAGUGUUAAAUUUCUUUCUCAGCCAAUGCCGAAGGGAUACGCUGUUGAGGGGGUAGCCAAUAUGGCUAACUUUCCAUACCCUCAGAACAUGAAAAAGCUGAAAGAUAAACGGUAUGAUUCUUUCAAAACGUGGUCAGGGAGAUUUGAGAGGCAGUUUUCGCAUUUACGUGGGAAGCCACGUGAAGAAACUCCACGAAAUUCUGUUGAGCCUAAAAUAGAGAGAGAUGCUUUGCCUGUAGAUCGAUACUUUGAUGCAUUAGAAGGGCCUGAACUAGAGAACCUGAAGGCCUCAGAGGAAAUAGUGCUCCCAGAUGACAAAACAUGGCCGUUUCUUCUUCGGUUUCCGAUCUCUGCCUUUGGUAUCUGUCUUGGCACUAGUAGCCAAGCAAUCUUGUGGAAGACCCUAGCAAUUUCUGCCUCCACAGAUUUUCUCCAUGUUAGUCUGAAAGUGAAUCUUGUCCUAUGGUGGAUUUCUCUGGCUCUUCUAUUCGUUGUAGCUUGCACCUAUGGUCUUAAAAUGAUUCUCUACUUCGAAGCAGUUCGACGCGAAUACUAUCACCCAAUCCGUGUCAAUUUCUUCUUUGCACCAUGGAUAGCUUUACUUUUCGUAGCACUUGGACUACCGCCUUCAGUCGCUACCGAACUACCAGAAGCUCUUUGGUAUGUUCUCAUGACUCCAUUCCUCAUUCUUGAGCUCAAGAUCUAUGGACAGUGGAUGUCUGGAGGGCAACGACGGCUUUCAAAAGUGGCGAAUCCUUCCAACCAUCUCUCGGUUGUAGGGAACUUCGUAGGGGCGUUGUUGGGUGCGACAAUGGGGCUAAAAGAAGGACCUAUUUUCUUCUUCUCUGUUGGAUUGGCUCACUACUUGGUCUUAUUUGUAACUCUGUACCAGAGACUUCCAACAAAUGAAACACUCCCGAAGGAGCUCCAUCCGGUAUUUUUCCUGUUUGUUGCAGCUCCUAGUGUCGCGUCCAUGGCAUGGGCAAAGAUUCAAGGCUCCUUCGAUUAUGGAUCACGGAUUGCUUACUUCAUUGCCUUGUUUCUCUAUGUCUCACUGGCAGUUCGCAUCAACUUUUUCCGCGGAAUUAAGUUCUCAUUAGCUUGGUGGGCAUACACAUUCCCCAUGACAGGAGCCGCAAUUGCAACCAUUAGGUACUCAAACCAAGUUACAAACGUAGUAACUCGGUCACUAGAAGUCGUGCUCUGCAUAAUUUCUACAUUAGUAGUAUUAGCUCUCCUCGUAACAACAAUACUACACGCGUUUGUCCUUGGCGACCUCUUCCCUAACGACAUUGCAAUAGCCAUCAGCGACAGAAAACCGAAAAAUCCAUUUCAUCAUCAUCACAUAAAGUGGUUGCCACAUCGAAGACUCGGAAGCUCGGAAAAGAACGAAAUUGAGAACUACUUGAAGUAUGCAAAUUCAGAUUGCAAUGACCUUGAAGCUUCUUUAAACCAUCAUAUUACAGAAGAUAGCAAAUAAGUAAAUAUCCUAAUUAUAAACAUAUACAUAUAUGUACAACGCUUAUGAGUUCUGCUAGUCUAGAAUUAAGCUUGCCAUUUUCUGAAUCUUCAAUCUACGGCCAUGUGAGGAACGAUAAAAGAUAGUACUUUACGGUCCGGUGAGCAUGUUCUGAUAAAGAAAUGAAGAUUUAUGCGGUGAGUUUGAGUUUGUGUACUGUAUAGGAGCUUUGAUAUGCAUGCUAUUACUAUAUCAAUGUAUAAUAAUGUAUCACCGUAUCAGAUAUAUAUGUUUAAGCACUAUUAAGUAUAA